AUGAGCCUCCCACCUAAACUCCGCCAGCAGAUCGCUGAGCAUCUGUCGCCUGAAGAUACCUACCGGUUCCUUCGCGCGGCGCCUUCCAUGGCUCAGACCAUGACAAGGCAACAUCUGGAGAAGCAGGAUGAAAAGGGGCACACAGCCCUGCACUUCGCCAUUCACGAAGGAGACGAGAGCACGGCGCGUCUCAUCGUCAACCGCAUCACGAACGUCUCCCAAGAAAGCAAUCGCGGUGUGACCCCUCUCCAUCAAGCGGUCCAAGAUGACAAUGUCGGUAUUGCUAAGAUGCUCAUCCACGCCGGGGCUGAUCUAGCCACAGAAGACCAGUGGGGUCGCUUCCCGCUGCACUUGUUCUGCGCGAUGAGAGACGAGCCUGAGACCGAGGAGCUGGUGCAGCUCGCGCUCUCGAAAGGUGCGGACCCCAACGCUGAAGACAUCUUCGGUGCUUCAGCCAUACACUAUGCAGUUCAAUAUCCGUGGUCACCCAGCCUGGAUGUCCUCAUGGCACUACUCAAUGCAGGAGCUGAUCCACGAUCCUCGGAUAAGGACGGCCUCACGCCUCUCUUCUGGACGGUUCACCACAGCCACGCGGAGGCGUUUGAGCUCCUCCUCAUGGCCGGGGCCGACCCGCUUGCGAAUAGUAAGCAUGGGACGAUUCUACACGCGGCUGUUGAGGCGGGUCGAAUUGAUUUUGUGCUUCGGGCUAUCCUGCUCGGUGUGGAUUUGAUGGAUAGGCAGAAUAUUCUGAACGAGACGCCCCUGAUGAUUGCUUCGAGACGGAGGUUUGCUGACGUGGAGCAGAUUCUGAUUGAUGCGGGGGCUUUUAUUUGA